ACAAACGUGAAAAAAAGUUAUAGAAAUAUUUGAAACAUGCGUGAGAUAUAUGCCCCAUAUUUAAAUACUGAAAUGAGCCGCCAACAUCAGCGGCACCACCAGACGCAGCAGCAGCAGCAGCAGUUGCAGCUACAGCAGCAGCAGCAGCAGCUGACGGUGCAACAGCAACAGCAGCAACAGCUGCUGAUGGCCGAACAUGCGGCGGCUGCCGAGGCCGCGGAGCUGUUCGAUCUGCUGUGCGUGGCCACGACAAUGCGACAGAUCCUGGCACUGCAUCGGGCCAUGUGCGAGGCGGUGGGGCUGCGGCCGUCGCCUCUCAACGACUUCUACCCGAAGCUGAAGGCGAAGGUGCGCUCGUGGAAGGCUGCAGCGCUGUGGAAGAAGUUCGAUGCGAGGGCCGCCCAUCGGGUGUACGGCAAGGGCACCGCCUGCUCGGGCACCCGUGUGCUGGUCAUUGGCGCUGGGCCCUGCGGCCUGCGAACUGCCAUCGAGGCGCAGCUGCUGGGCGCCAAGGUUGUGGUGCUGGAGAAACGCGAUCGGAUCAGCCGCAACAAUGUGCUGCAUCUGUGGCCCUUUGUGAUCACGGAUCUGCGUAAUCUCGGGGCCAAGAAGUUCUACGGGAAGUUCUGUGCCGGGUCCAUCGAUCACAUCUCCAUUCGGCAGCUGCAGUGCAUGCUGCUGAAGGUGGCGCUGCUGCUGGGCGUCGAAAUACACGAGGGCGUGAGCUUCGAGCAUGCACUGGAGCCCAGCGGCGAUGUCAAUGGCUGGCGGGCAGCCGUUACUCCCGCGGAUCAUCCCGUCUCCCACUACGAGUUCGAUGUGCUGAUCGGUGCGGAUGGCAAGCGAAAUAUGCUGGACUUUCGGCGCAAGGAGUUUCGCGGCAAGCUGGCCAUUGCCAUUACGGCCAAUUUCAUCAAUAAGAAGACGGAGGCGGAGGCCAAGGCGGAGGAGAUCAGCGGCGUUGCGUUCAUCUUCAAUCAGGCAUUCUUCAAGGAGCUGUACGGCAAGACGGGCAUCGAUCUGGAGAAUAUUGUCUACUACAAGGACGAGACGCAUUACUUUGUGAUGACCGCGAAGAAGCACAGCCUGAUCGACAAGGGUGUCAUCAUCGAGGACAUGGCCGAUCCCGCCGAACUGCUGGCCGGCCCCAAUGUCGACACCCAGAAGCUGCACGAUUAUGCCCGCGAGGCGGCCGAGUUCUCCACCCAAUACCAGAUGCCUAACCUCGAGUUCGCCGUCAAUCAUUAUGGCAAACCGGACGUGGCCAUGUUUGAUUUUACCUCCAUGUUCGCUGCCGAAAUGUCCUGCCGCGUCAUUGUGCGCAAAGGCUGCCGCCUGCUGCAGUGCCUUGUCGGCGACAGCCUGCUGGAGCCGUUCUGGCCCACCGGUUCGGGCUGUGCCCGUGGCUUUCUAUCCAGCAUGGAUGCCGCCUAUGCCAUCAAGCUGUGGUCGAAUCCACAGAACAGCACUUUGGGUGUGCUGGCACAGCGGGAGAGCAUCUAUCGGCUGCUCAAUCAGACCACGCCGGACACGCUGCAGCGUGAUAUAAGCGCGUAUACCGUGGAUCCGGCGACACGCUAUCCAAAUCUCAAUCGGGAAUCGGUCAACAGUUGGCAGGUCAAACAUCUGGUUGACACCGAUGAUCCGUCGGUGCUGGAGCAGACAUUUAUGGACACGCAGUCAGCAGCACUGCACACGGCGCAUGUGGAGACGCCGGGCAGACGCAAGCGACGCAGCGGAGAUUCGCUGCCGCAGGGCGCGACGCUGCUACGCUGGAUCGCUGCCCAACUGCAUUCGCAUCAAUUUGUGCCUGAGCUCAAGGAGCCAUCCGAUGUGCUACGCAAUGGACGUGUGCUCUGUGGUCUAAUCAGUCGAUAUCGCCCGGAUCUUAUCGACUUUGCGGCCACCAAGGAAAUGAGUCCCUUGGAGUGCAACGAGCUGGCCUUUGCCGUUCUGGAGCGAGAGCUGAACGUUAAGCGGAUUAUGAGUGCCAAGCAAUCGCUUGAGCUGACGGACAUCGAGUCGCGGCUGUGGCUGAACUACUUGGAUCAGAUCUGUGAGCUGUUUCGGGGCGAGAUUCCACACAUCAAGCACCCCAAGAUGGACUUUAGCGAUCUGCGACAGAAGCAUCGCAUUCAUCACACGCACGCACCGCCAGACUUUUCCAAGUUGUUGCAAAUUAAGUCGAAGGCCAAGUCGCCCAUGCAGGAUGCUGUGGAUGUGCCUACCACCGUGCAGCGUCGCUCAGUGCUGGAGGAGGAACGUGCCAAGCGGCAGCGGCGUCACGAGCAGCUACUGAACAUUGGCGGAGUGACAGCCACCGGGGGUGCAGCGGCCGCAGGAGGAGCUGGAGCUGCAAUCAGCGUCGGCACCAGUGCAGGGGGAAGCAAUCUUCACGCAGGUCAAAAUGAGACGCCACGUCGAUCGAAGAAGCGUCGCCAGACGUCCGACAAAACGGCCAACAUUGAGGAGCGCCAGCAGCGUUUGCAAAAUAUCGAAGAGAAUCGUCAGGAGUGGAUGAGCAAGCGCCGGCAGCAGCGCUACCAUCAGACGCAGAAUUUCUACAAGAGCCUGCAGCUGCUGCAGGCGGGCAAGCUGCUGCGUGAGGGCGAGGAUGGUGUGGCCGAGGAUGGCAGCGCCUUUGAGGAUUACUCGAUAUUCCUGUACAGGCAGCAGGCGCCCAUAUUCAAUGAUCGCGUCAAGGAUCUCGAACGGAAGCUGCUGUUUCCCGAUCGCGAACGUGGGGAUAUACCUUCGGCAAUGCCACGUAGCGCCGCCGAUGAACAAUUCAGCGAUCGCAUCAAGAGCAUGGAGCAACGGAUGACGGGACGCGGUGGCCUGGGCGGUGACAAGAAGCCCAAGGAUCUGAUGCGUGCCAUCGGCAAGAUCGAUUCGACCGACUGGAAUGUGCGCGAGAUCGAGAAAAAGAUUGAGCUGUCCAAGAAGACGGAGAUCCAUGGGCCCAAGGGUCGCGAGAAGGUGCCCAAGUGGAGCAAGGAGCAGUUCCAGGCACGCCAGCACAAGAUGUCCAAGCCGCAGCGCCAGGACUCACUCGAGGCCGAAAAGUUCAAGGACAUCGAUCAGACAAUCAAGAAUCUAGACAAACAGCUAAAGGAGGGCCACAAUCUGGACGUAGGCGAACGUGGGCGCAACAAGGUGGCCUCCAUUGCCGGUCAAUUUGUGCGCAAGGAUGAGACCAAUUCGGAUGAGGCCACCAAUACGGUUGUACAGUCCAAUGCAGUCAUACCCAAAUCUAGUUCCAAGGUGGCUUUGGCCUUUAAAAAACAAGCCGCUUCGGAGAAGUGCCGCUUCUGCAGGCAGACCGUCUACCUCAUGGAGAAGACCACUGUGGAGGGUCUGGUGUUGCAUCGCAAUUGCCUCAAGUGUCAUCACUGCCACACAAAUUUGCGGCUGGGCGGCUAUGCCUUCGAUCGGGAUGAUCCGCAGGGCCGCUUCUACUGCACACAGCACUUCCGGCUGCCGCCCAAACCACUGCCACAGCGCAGCAACAAAGCAAGAAAAUCUGCCGCUUCUGUUCAGGCUGCCUCGCCUGCGGUUGCUGCCGCUGCAACAGUCGAACGCAUGGACAUCGGCCAGGAGGGAUCACCAACCCGGGAUCAAGUGGACUUGCUGGAGACGACACUGCAAGCGGAUGCCAUGUCCGAUGAUGAGGCGAAUGUGAUUGAUGAGCACGAGUGGUCAGGUCGCAAUUUCCUGCCCGAAUCGAACAACGAUUCGCAGUCAGAGCUCUCCAGCUCUGACGAAUCCGACACGGAGUCCGAUUCGGAGGUGUAUGAGGAGGCAGACGAUUCACCCUUCGGUGCACAAACGCUCCAGCUGGCCUCCGAUUGGAUUGGCAAGCAGUACUGCGGGGAAAGCGAUGAUACAACGGAUUCAUAUGACUCCAGUGAUGGUAUUGCGGACGAUGGCAAGGAUGACACUGAGGGCGAGGACUUUAAGAAGGCUCGUGAGCUGCGACGUGAGGAGGUGCGCCUACAGCCGCUGCCCGCCAACUUACCAACGGAUACGGAGACAGAGAAGCUUCAGCUUAACGUUGAGCAAGACAAGGAGAAUGUGGAGCGGAGUUCUCUGCGUUCCGCCAACUCCUUUGAGUCGGCGCGCAGUCAACCGCCCACGCCCACACGCGUGGAAAUGGAGCAACUGGAGCGGCAUGCCCCGCGCAAAUUUAGCAGCGAAAUUGAUGCCAUCAGCGAGAAGCUCUACCACAUGACCAAUAUGGUCAAAAUGAACAAAGAUCUGGAGCUGCUGGCCAAGGAGAAUCUCGUGAAGAGCGACAUUCUGCGCAAGCUGACGCUCAAGGAGAAAUGGCUGGCCGAGAAUGCGGCCAUAGCAGCGGGAAUGACCAAUACACAGAAGGCUCAAGCUGCUGCACCAGUUGCUGCUCCACCUGCUGCUGCUGCUCCUUUGAAGCCCAAAUCUCAGUUUGAGGAAAAAUACGAAAAGCUGCAGUCGAUGGCUGAAGCAAAGCCCAAGCCCAAGCCCGUCAUUGACUUCAGUUUGGAUGAGCUGAAGCCACGCAAGCCCAACUUUGAGGAGCGGCCCAAGGAGCUGCUGCAGAAGCCUGGCAAGAACCUAAAGAGUCCACGGAGCAGCGCCAAUGUAAGUCGCUCCAGCAGCCUCAAGAGCAAUGCCAGCACGGGCAGUCCGCGAGUGAAGAAGAAGGAAGAUGAGACCAAAAUGAACAUUGAGGGAAUACUGGGAACGAUAAAGAAGCUGCAGCGACAGCAAAGCAACUCAAAGCAGCAGCAGGAAGAGGAGGAUAUGGACAUGGAUGUGGACAUGGAAGUGGCUGAGGAUUUGCAGGGCAAAAAGGAGCUCAACAGCAAACUAAAAGAGAUCCAGGCAAGCAGCUUUGCGGGCACGAUGGAUCACAUUAGGAGCCAAUUGGCAAUGCCCACGGUGAGCGCGCAGGCAGAUCCAGCUUCUGUGGAUCUGUCCAAAUAUUUUCCCAACCAAAAGUCCGAGAAGAGCGCCGCGCUCAAUACGAACAAGAAUCAGAAAACCCUCAAGGAUGUGGAUCUGGCCAAGUACUUUCCCAGCAGCCCGGCACCGCAGCGUCGAACUGUGGAGACGGUGGCCGAUCGUCUAAAGAAAUCGCAGACAGAGGCUUCGCUGGCUAAGUUGCAGACGCAGACACAGUCCAAGACAGCAAAGGAGGGAGACGAAAAGCCAAAGGAAAGGGAAAGGGAAAAGCCAGUGCCACCCAAGCGGCAGGCAUCGCUGAACACUUUCAGCUUGCGGGAACAUCAAAUGGAUGGGGCGCUGGAUCUGACCAAGAAGAAAGCGUCGCCCGUGAAGGUGGCCAAGGCGACAAUAUGCAAACAGGCGGUAGGAGGCACCGCAACAGCCACCGCUGCAACAGCCCAGGCAACAGGCAAAGGCAAGAUAAAGAUUAUUAAGAAAAUUGUGCCCAAGGGCACAAAGGCCAAGAAGGCAGCAGCAGCGCAAGAGGCAGCCGCAGCGGCAGCCAAAGCACUGGAGAAACAGCCACCCAAGGACGAAGCUGAACGCAUCCUAGACGAGAUUUUAGGUGGCGAUGGGGAGGUGCGUUCGCCCAGCAGCGAGUAUCAGAGGCUCUUCCAGGAUGAAAAGUCGCCCAGCGAUUUGUCCGACAACAUUGAUCGCAUCCUGGAGGAGUCGGGGCUGGAUUUGGAGCUGGGAUUGCCGCGACGCAGCAGCAAAAAGCUGCAGAAGACCAAAUCCCUGAGCGAAGCGGACUUUGAGCUGAAGCCCAGCGCCAGUUCUCAACUGACGGGAGUGCAAAACAUUCUCAAGCGCUUCGAAUCGAUGAGUUCGGUGGCUUCGUCCACGCACAACAGCGACGAGCAGGCGGCCUUCAAGCUGCGUCGCAUGGAGUCCACCACCAGCAAUCUGAGCAGCCUGACACGCUCCCGCGAGUCACUCGCCUCGCUGGAUUCGAUGAGCGAUCUGGAGCGUACGAUGGAUCAUCUGCGCAAUGAGUGGCGCAACGAGGCCACCAAUUUCCUGCAAAAGAAACGCGACAAGUUCUAUGCCCAGAAGGAGGUGGAGCAGCAGGAGAAGAAAGCCGCAGCAGCGGAUCCUUUGAGGGAUUUGCCAGUGCAAUAUCGUGACUCCAAGUUGGCGAAAUUCUUUGGCCUGGCCACGCGUAAGUCGCCCGAGAAGCGUCGCUCACCCAUCAAGAAAAUAAAAGCAACAACGACGUCGGCAAAGAAAAAGUCUCCCAGUCCCAAGAAGAGCCCAAAGGUGGCCGCAAAGGCCAACAGUUCGCUGGAGGAGCUGGCCAAGAUUGGCGGCGCACGUCAGGCCAAGCAGCAGGCAGCAAAGAAGUCCUCCCAGAAGGUCAUGCCCCCGCCAAAGGCGCCGCUGAAACCAGCCACACCUGUGCCCGAUGACUUUGAGGUACUGGAUCUGCUGGAGAAGGCCACAGAAGCCAAGGAGCUGGUGGAACGUUCCAAGACAAAGAGUCCAGCUGUCAUAGAGGUGGCCAAAGAGGUGUCACUGCCAGUUGCUGCUGCUCCGCUGCCCGUUGAGGAUAUCAAAAAUCUGCCCAAGACGGGCUGUGACAAGUCCCUGAAUAGUUCGCGUCGCGGCUCUCAGUCGAGUUUGGUGUUGUCCAGGCGCCAGUCGCUGGAUAUUGCCCUCACGGAGCAGCUCCAGCAAGAUGCUUUGGAGGCGCUCAGCAGCCUGGAAAAGGAGCAGCAGGAGCAGCAACAGGAGGCCCAGAACUUUGAUGAACUCUUCCAGGAUAUGGUAGUGGAACCGGAACCGGAGGAGGAGCCUAACGAUGAGGAUUUGGAUGCCGAUUCCCUGUGCACCACCAUCAGCAAGAGUCCCAGCGCACAGCCCGUGACGGUGGUCAAACGUGGCAGCUCGGAGGAUCAGAGCAUUGAGAAGCUUUUCGGACACUUCUCCGACGAGAUGCUGGUGCAGGUGGAAUUCGAUUCGAACGAUGAACUCGUGGGUAUAACGCCCACAGUGGCCAUAAUACCAGCCAGUUCCUCAGAGGAGAGAGAUUACUUGGACAAAUUGGAGUCGCUGGAGCGCGAUGAAGAGCCAACGAGGGAGGCGACAGAUAGAUUCCAAACGGAAGACAAGAAUGUGUCCAACGAUGAGCUGGAUGGCAGCCAUUUCCCCAUGCGACCGCAGCGCAGGGCCAAGAGCAGUUCCUCUUCCAGUGAGCCAGCGCUGCCGGCCAAGCUGGAAGCGAAGCUGGCAAAGUUGGAUCCCGAGGAUAUGGCGCCCUCAGUGCAGGACUUGCUUCAGCAGGUGUACGUGAAGCCGCAGGAUGUGGAAAUGAAUGCCGUGGAUCAGGGAACAGCAUUGAAAUUUCCCAGUUUGGUGAUUGAUGAAGAUGUGGCAGAUGUGGCAGAUGCGGCAGAGGAACACAAAGAGAAGGAGCUGGAAGUGGCUGCCAGUCAGAGUGGCAGCCUCCUCGAUGUGCAAGUGCCCAAAGUGGCCAAGUCCAAGGAGAACUCACUCGACUGGGACAUGGAAAAGCUGCCUGCCUCGCCCAUGCCCCGCCGUCGUUUGCCGCAGUCACAGCCAGCAGCCAGCAAGGAGAGCUCACUGGAAUGGGACAUGGAGAAGCUGCCCAACAGUCCCAUGCCGCCGCGACGCAACAAAGUGCGAAAUGCCUCACCCAGCAGCAGCUCCAUUAAUUUGCUCAACAAUCUUCCAUCGGAUGGCGAUGAGGAGCUGGCACAGCGAAGGCUCAUCGAGGACUUUGAGCGUGAGCGUCGCCAGGCUCUGAUCAGGCGCGACGAGAGCUUCGAGGCGACAGCAGCAGAGCAACGCAGACGCGACUCCCUGCAGAGCAGCAACAGCAACAGCAAUUCCAGCAGCAAGCGAAGUCUGCCGCCACCCAAGACGAGCAGCAGCAGCUGCAGCAGCGUGGCACGCCGCGGGGACACCGCACGAUCGGAGACCAAGCACGAGGGCACGCCGCCCAUGUUCAAGAAGUUGGAGCUGGACAACGAGAGCAGCUGCCUGACCACGCCACUGGAUUCGACGACCACCUGCUCGACGCGUCGCAGCUCGUUUGCAUUUAUAGAGUUACAGGACAACAAGCCGGUGAUUGUGCCAAUGCCCAGGAAGCUGAAGCUGCCGAAGCUGGCGGAGCCCAAAUUUGUGCCUGAACCGGUGGCCAGCGAUGAGCCCGUGCCGGAGGUGUUCCAGGGCAGAGCCUGGCCCAAAGUGCAGAUCGAGGGUGUGUCUGCCGAUGUGGACAGUGAUCCCGAGCUGGAUGAUGAGGCGGCAAAGCAGCUGCUGCCGGAUUACCUACGCUCUGACUCUCCUCCUGCGGCGGCUUUCAAGAACCGCAAAUGGCCCGAUGGCAAGACGAUCUUUGAUCAAAAUCAAACAACCAACGGGCAGGCAGAUGAUCAUGAUGAUGAGGAGGAUAUUCUGGGCAAAUAUUUGGAGGCCAGACGGCGCGUGUCCAAGCACAAGCCACGCUCUCAGUCGCCGCAGCCGUUUAAGCCGCUCUCCAGCAGCUCCAGGCAGAGCUCCAAGUCGUACAGCGACCUUAAGAAGGGUCCAUCGCUGCAGUCGCUGUCGGCACGCAGCAGCCAGGACACGGACACUACACACUCCACAGCCACAACGGUGGCAACUGUGGCACGUCCUGUCAGCUCCUAUGUGAACUAUGACGAUGCCAGCACGCGGGCGCUGCUCGAUCGCAGCAAGCGGCUGCACAAUCGCAAGCGAGAGUUUGUCAACGAGCGAGUGGUGGAGCGGAAUCCCUACAUGCGGGAGGUUAUACGCAGCACGGAUCGACGAGCAUCGGAGGAGGAUUUGGCCAGCUAUAGGCCGCGGCAUUAUGCGAGUCCCACGACAGGCAGCAGCUCGAGUCGCUUUCCCAGCACCGUGAUGCGCCACAAUUACUCAGACUACCUCAGUCCCAGCAGCAACCAUACCAGCGACUACCUCAGCAGCAGCAGCAGCAGCCAUAGGAGACCCUACUCAACGCUGAAUAUAUCCACGACGGGCAGCAGCUACUAUCCGAGCACAGCCGCCACACCGCGCAGCUCCCAUUUGAGUGACUUGUUCAAGCCGCGACGCCGCAGUCCCGUCUCCAGCUAUGGACGCAGCAGCGACUACGGACUGACCGCCAGCAAAGAGUCGUGCGUACAAACCGAAUCCGAGAGCACAUCCCCCGAUGAGAUUGAGCUCAAUUCUGCCACUGAAAUAUCCACCGAUUCAGAGUUCGAUAACGAUGAGAUCAUACGGCAGACAGCGCCGAAAAUCUUUAUCGAUGACACCCAUCUAAGAAAGCCAACAAAAGUUCAGAUCAAGUCCACCAUGAUCACACCCAAUGCUGCUGCUGCCUCCGCCUCAGGCUUACACGAGAAACAGUUGGCGGCUCGCGAGAAGGGCGUAAGCUAUUUGAAAAAAUAUCAGCCACAACCGCCGCUGCCGCAGUUCAAGCCGCUGGUCCAGGUGGAUCCCACACUGCUGAUUGGCAGUCAACGUUCAGCUGCUGCCACACCGCUCCAAAAUCCCCGUCCCGGCGAUUAUUUGCUGAACAAAACUGCCAGCACCGAGGGCAUUGCCUCGAAGAAGAGUCUGGAACUGAAGAAGCGCUAUCUGCUGGGCGAGCCGGCCAAUGGCAAUAAGAUACAAAAGUCUGGCUCCACCUCGGUGCUGGAUUCGCGCAUUCGCAGCUUCCAGUCGAACAUCUCCGAGUGCCAGAAGCUGUUGAAUCCCAGCAGUGACAUCAGCGCUGGCAUGAGGAGUUUCCUCGAUCGCACGAAGUUCGGGGAGCCCAAUGAGUUGAUGCGUUCGGCCACCAGCAAUGUGAUCAAUGAUCUGCGUGUGGAGCUCAAGAUACAGAAGGCGCCGUCCAGCAACUCAACGGACAAUGAGAAGGAGAAUGUGUUUGUCAAUUGCAAGAACGAGCUGAACAAGGGCAUGGAGUACACGGAUGCCGUGAAUGCGACGCUCUUGGAGCAGCUCAAUCGCAAGAGUUCACCCACAACGCCCACGAACAACCACAACAAGACAGUCAUCGAGGUGAUUGAUCUGGUGACGCCCGAGAAGCUGCCUCCCGUGGAGAUUAUUGAUUUGACUCUGUCGCUGGAGACACCAAAGAAACCGAAAAUCGAAGGCACAGACAGCAACAAGUUGAGCGAGAAGCAGCAGCUGGAGAAGCAGGAGGUGGAGGAGGUGGCCAAGCCAGAUGUCUCCAAGGAUGUCAAGGAGUGCAUACCCGACAUAAUCGGGGAUAUACAGGGCACAAAGGGCACGGGCACAGGCAGCGAAGAGCAGCAGAGUUUGCUGUCGGAUGAGGAGAAGCGCGACUCGCCCGAGAAGCAGGAACACGAAGAGCAGGACACGGUCCAGAUCCAAGUGCCCAAUAUACCCUGGAGCAAGCCGAAGCUGGAGCCCAUGUCCACAACUGGCAGCAGUGGUGGGACCAGCUGUUCCAGCUCAUCAAACACAUCCAGCAUUGAGGACAUACAGCACUACAUCUUGGAGUCGACGACCAGUCCGGAUACACAGACGGCAGGCGGCAAGCACAAUGUGCCGCGCCUCGAGGUGCACGACACGAGCGGUGCCCUGAUGCAGGUCGACAGCCUGAUGAUUGUCAAUGGCAAGUACAUUGGCGAUCCGGAGGAUGUCAAGUUUCUGGACAUGCCAGCCAAUGUGAUUGUGCCGCCAGCUGCUGCCCUGAAAACCAACGAACUGGAGGAGCACGAGGAUGAACACGAUGCGGAUGGGGAUGUGGAGCCUGUGACGGCCACACCAGAGCCAGCCGAGUGCACAGUGAUCGAGGCAGAACGACUGAACAAGGCGCCUCCGCCACUGCCCGAGAUGGGACCACCGAAGCUUCGAUUUGACACCAAAAAUGAAAACAAAAUCGAAAGCCUCAAGAAUCUGCCGCUGAUUGUGGAACGCACGGCGGAGCAUAGUCAGGUGGUGAAGCCAAUCACGCUGAACCUGAGCAGUGCAGCAGCCAGAACGCCCGAUACGCCGACCACGCCCACAGCCCAUGACAGCGACAAAACGCCCACGGGGGAGCUGCUGUCCCGCGGCUCCGACUCGGAAACAGAACCCACGGGCACGGGCACAGGGCAGGUGCUGACAGAGACGGAGCUCUCGGAUUGGACGGCCGAUGAUUGCAUUUCGGAGAACUUUGUGGACAUGGAAUUUGUGCUCAACUCGAACAAGGGAACAAUGAAGCGGCGAAAGGAGCGCAGGCGUAGCGGCGCAGCAGCCAGGCUGCCCAGCGGCAGUCAGGUGAUCCAUGAGUUGGCACGCCAGGCGCAGGCGCCGGUGGUGGAAAUGGAGGGCAUACUCAGUGCCAUUGACAUCGAUGACAUUGAGUUUAUGGACACGGGCUCGGAAGGGUCCUGCGCGGAGGCCUACUCGGCCACGAACACGGCAAUGCUGCAGAAUCGCGGCUACAUGGAGUACAUUGAGACGCAGCCAAAGCGAUUACCGCUGAAACCCAAUCAGGCAGCUGUGCCAGUUGCAAGUGCAGUCGUGGCCCUGCCGCCGCUCGUGACCAAACGGGAUGAGAAGCUGGGCAUUGAUUACAUCGAGCAGGGAGCAUACAUCAUGCACGACGAUGCCAAGACGCCGGUGAACGAGCAGCUACCAGCCGCAAUGACACAAUCCCUGACGGAUUCGAGCACUCUCAACGAUCUGGAUGAUGACAGCAUGGCUGGCUCGGGCAUGGGUCUGUCCCAGACGCUGCCCACCACAACGGAGGAGAGUGAGGCGCUCACGGUCGUCACCAGUCCGCUGGAUACCUCCUCGCCGCGUAUGCUGGAUCAUUUUGCCAGCAUGCUGGCCUCGGGCAAGGCAGACUCCACGGCCAGCAGCUCCGAGCAGCAGCCAAAGACGUCCACAGUGACGACCAGCAGCAGCAGCAACAGCGGAGGAGGAUUAGGUGGAGCCAACAGCUCAACACCCGGCCUUGAAGCCAAAGAUGCAGCCGCCGCCCAAGAUGAGGAUAUGCAGAUCCAAUUCGAGUAUGUGCGAGCCCUUCAGCAGCGUAUCUCGCAGAUCAGCACGCAACGUCGCAAGAGCUCCAAGGGGGAGGCGAACACAACUGUGAUAGAAUCAGCCGAGGCUCAGCUUCAGCAGCAGCCGCCGGAGAGCCCAGAGUUGUCAGCGAUGCGUCCUCGGAGCAGCAGCAGCUCCAGCAAAGUGCCUGAGAUACCGACGCUCAGCAGCAAGCUGGAGGAGAUCACCAAAGAGCGAACAAAGCAAAAGGAUCUCAUCCAUGACCUCGUCAUGGACAAGCUGCAGUCGAAGAAGCAACUCAACGCGGAGAAGCGAUUGCACAGGAGUCGCCAGCGGAGUCUGCUCACCAGCGGCUAUGCCAGCGGCGCCAGUCUAAGUCCCACGCCCAAGCUGGCCGGUGCUGCCAGCACUCACGACUCAAACUGCUCCAGUCAGGCGCAUUAUCAUGCCUCAUCCACGGCAGAGGAGAAGCCUGUAACGCCAAUUGCAAUUCCUUCGGCGCCAGCGCCCAGCAAUCCACUGCAGAAAUCGGCCACGUCCACCUAUGUGUCGCCCUAUCGCACUGUCCAGGCGCCCACACGGUGCGCGGAUCUAUACAAGCCGCCGCGUCCCUUCAGCGAGCACAUCGAUGCGCGAGCCCUCGAGGGUGGCUACAAGCUGAACAAGACGGCCUCCUUCAACAGCGGAAGUGCACGAGUGGGCGGGGGCUUCAUCGCCCCGAUAGCUCCAGCUCGCUUGCAUCGCGGUGGAGGAGUCGCUGUGGGGGUCGGAGUUGCUCCCUCUGUGGAGGUAUUGAAUAUUUCCGCCUCAACGGAGAACCUGCGCAUCGAGGCCCGUGCCAGGGCUCGUCUCAAGUCAAACACGGAUUUGGGUCUUAGUCCCGAGGAUAAGAUUCAAUUGAUGCGCAAACGUCUGCACUAUGACCCAACCAGACCACUCAAACUCAAGCAGCAGCUGGAGGAGCCGCUGUCAGUUGAUCUGGCAGCGCGUGCACGCAAAAUGAGUGCCUCGAAGAGCGUCAACGAUCUGGCGUACAUUUUAAACAGCCAGCAGCAGGUGGGACACUCGAGCCUGGACAAGGAGGCUGUGGCACAGGCCAAGGCAGCGGACUUCACAUCCGAUCCAAAUCUGGCGGCCAGCAGCGGUCAGGAGAAGGCAAUGACGACAAAGACCAGACAAAAGGAUCCCGAGCGACGUAAGAGUCUCAUACAGUCGUUGUCCAGCUUCUUCCAGAAGGGCAGCCACUCGCAUUCUGCGUCUGCAUCUACAUCGGCGUCCGCAUCCACCAGUCCCAAAGAGCACAGCGGCCCUGUGGCUGCCAGUCACUCUGAGCAGUCAGAGCGUCCCGGCACCAGCAGCAGCGGCACGCCCACCAUCUCCGAUGGCAACAGUGGCGGCGGCGGGGUGUUCAGUCGCUUCCGCAUCUCCCCGAAAUCCAAGGAGAAGUCAAAGGACAAGGAUGUGCUCAACGGCAGUGCCACAAGCGGCGCAAAUGCAGCAGCAACUGCCCCACGAUCACAGACAAAUCACUCUCAAGAUUAUCUGAACACCACAACAAACAACAGUCGCUAUCGAAAGCAAACGAACACUGCGAAACAGAAUCCCGAAACGUUCUCAUCAUCCAGCCCGCAGCUCUACAUACACAAGCCCCACCAUCAACUGGCCGCAGCGAAUGCAAUGGACGACCAGAUACCGCCACCCAUCCCGCCACUGCCACUGAAUUAUCAAAGAUCCGAUGAUGAGAGCUACGCUAACGAGACACGAGAGCAUAAGAAGCAACGUGCCAUAUCGAAGGCUUCACGACAGGCUGAGCUCAAGCGACUGCGAAUCGCUCAAGAAAUACAGCGCGAACAGGAGGAGAUUGAGGUGCAGCUAAAGGACUUGGAAGGACGCGGCGUGCUCAUUGAGAAGGCCCUGCGGGGCGAGGCGCAGAAUUUUGAAAACCUGGACACGUCCAAGGACAACGAUGAGAAACUACUAAAGGAACUAUUGGAAAUUUGGCGGAACAUCACAGCACUCAAGAAACGCGAUGAGGAACUGAGUAUAAGACAACAGGAACUGCAACUGGAGUAUCGGCAUGCACAGCUCAAGGAAGAGCUCAAUCUGCGCUUGUCUUGUCACAAACUAGACAAGAGCUCCGCCGAUGUAGCCGCCGAGGGCGCAAUACUCAAUGAGAUGCUGGAAAUUGUGGCAAAACGGGCGGCACUGCGUCCGACGGCCUCACAGCUGGACCUAACUGCAGCGGGUACUGCAACGACCUCAACCGAGGCGGCGGGCAUAAAAUUGACCGGCCAACCGCAUGACCAUGAAGAAUCGAAUAUUUGAAACUGUCCCUUGAGCUUGGUGGCGCCACAAGUUUGGGCAAAGGCAUGGAUUUUUUAAGCCCAAUUACUUAAUAAGAACCAAGAGAGAAACGUACCAAAAAGUCAGCUGAACAUUUACAACUACAAUAACAAAUACUAAAACGCAUGAGGAAAAGGAAACGAGCAAAACCCUAUUCAGAGUGAUUAAGCUGGCAGAGAAAGAAACAAUUUCAAUAUACAAAAUAUUAUAUUUACAAUAAGUAGAAGGAGUAAAGAGGAGUAAAGUUCAGUAAAGAAGGAGUAGCGCGCAAUGUCAAUGUAAAAAA